AGAAUACGAGUUUUUAAAUGCAUUGCAAACAGAAGGAGGGGAGGGUAUUCAAUUUGCGAAAGAAGUGAAGCAAUCAUCAGUUUCUAGUGAGAAAAUGAAAGCAUUUGAAGAAUUGCAAAGGGAGCGGACUCAGUAUCAUAUCAGUGAAGAUAGGCUGCCAAACGUCUGCUUUCAUAGUUUUGAAUUUGACCUUGUUAAUGACCAUUUCUUUUCAAGACUUCUCUUCAGCUACAAAGAACAUUCCGACAUUGAAGAAUCCAACGCAAAAAGUUCCUUGUUUUUCGAAACAUUUCGUAAAUGCCAGAAACCCAUCUUUGAUGAAUUAAAAUGCAUUUGCGAUGCAAAUGACAUUUUCCUUGAUGAAAAAAAACUACCAGAUAAUAGUACAAUCACUGAUGUCAUCAUUGACGAGCCUUCUACUCCAUCCUCAUUACAAUCAAUCGGAAUUGAAACUAUCCACGCGAACAAAGGAUCGCUUGUAAUGAUCUUGAAACUUACGGAGGAGCACUCGCUUACAAAUCUCAAAGACAAAUGUGAGGAUGGCAGCAUCGGCGAUGUCUUGAUCGAUCUAUUACAGCGGAAAGAUGUACGGGAACGACUGAUUCGUGGCACGUACGAUUUUAAAAUGAAACUCCAUGCAACUACAGAAGAUGCCCCCUACGUUGAAAUGAAGAUUGAAGGAACCAUUUUUGACAAGAAAGAGCGAAUGUGCAAACAUCGAACCGAGAAAGACUCAACCGCAUAUUCUUCCACCAACCUAUCUCGAGAGCACCCACGCCACAUUUGCGAAGAGCUUGAGAUUUCUGAUCAUUUGUUGGAUAUCUUACAUGAGAAAAAUCUUGUUCCACUUGACAUAGCCCGCAAACUUCGAGUAAAAGUUAACAGGAGGGAUAAAAUACAUGAGUUGCUUCGCCAUUAUAACGCAUGCAAGGAAAAAGGAUUCAGCACCCUUUCUAAAUAUAUACAAAUGGAACGAGAGUUGAGGGGAAAAAAGGCAUAUCCACUUAAAUUGUUUGAAGGAAAGUUUCGCACAAAAUAUGAUGGAAGCUGCUCUAGAAUUGUUCAUAUAGGACUUUUUGAUUCCUGGGCUUUGUCUAGUGUUGCUGAACAAUCAACAGGUCGCAGUGAAACAUUACAAGGAGCUGUACAUUUAGUCUACUGUGAAAACGACAUUUUAAGUACAAGACAAUUCUUAAAAUGUUUUGCCAUGUCCGGAUUGCAGUGUCAUGCCACUGAAAUGACAUGUAUUCAAAAGAUAUAUUCGAAUGACUCGUUUGUCAUUGUGAUACCUUGUAGCUCACAUCAUGAUCAUUGGCAGGAAGAUGAUGGUUUGUUCAAUGUGCCCUACCCUUUCGAAGUCGCAGUUAUUCACGAUGAUGAAUCGAAGAACGACGCGGUCGUUGAUUGGCUUAGCAAAAAUGUUCGAAUGCCAUACAAAGUUCAUCAUGUAAACCUCAGCGACAUGUACAACCAGACAAGUUUUGAUCACUUUAUUUAUGAACUGAACAGUUCAAAAGGACUUGAUGAGCGACACGAAAACAUCAUUAUUCGACAUUUAAAAGGAAGUUAUGAAUAUGACAACAAAAUAUACUCAGAGGUAGUAAAACAGGGUCUCCGAUGCAGAAUUGUUUCGGAUAUAUCCGAAGAAAUGCGAUUUGAAGAACCGAACACGGUAAAAUGUGUUGUUCUCCAUCAAGGCUUUAACUCUUACAAUGAAAGGCUAAUGAGUAAUUCAAGGAAGGUAUGGCAUAUAUUGUUAAUUGACAAUGACAAAAUGGCUGUGAAGCACGUGCAUACGAUGAUGAUAGGUUUGCGGUACAAAUUGCACGCUAUCAAUCUUCAGGAAUUUAUGUGGUCUCAAAACCCUCUGCAGCAGUUGACAGAUAUUCCGAUAAGAAAUAAAGACGGCACAGCUUGCGAAGUUUGCAUUUGUUUUGAUCUUCCAUUUGUGAAAUACGCCAAUAUUGUGUACAAAGGACUGGAAAGUAUCGGGAUUCGAUGUAUAUACGCCCAAGAAUUGUUUCCUGAAAUGGAUUGUCAACGUAAUAGUGGCGUAUGGCUAGAAAUUGUACAGUGCAAAGAUAUCGAAUCGGAUUCGGAAUAUGUUAGCAAAGAACGGUUGCACGUGUGUGUGAUCGACAGUGCUUCCAAAAAGGCUAUCGCUCCAAUCAACGAUCAUUCGAUUUCAAUAUAUCCUGAGGAUACAAAGUGGCCUCACAAAGUGAAAGCUAGGCUUGCAGCCUUUCAAUCAUUCGAGGGACCAGGGCCUCAAUAUUUACAAAUGGAUGAUUUCUGGUCCCGAGAAAGUCGACUUCACGAGUUGACACUGUAUAUAAGCAGCAGUGAAGACGAGGAAAAGCGAACACCGGGCUUCCAAUCAAGCGAGAAACCAAAGCAUCAGAAUUCGCCAUCGGAGAAAAUGUUUGCCCAAUUGCGGAGGCGUAUCAAAAGCAAAAAACACAAGGAAACACGAUCUUCUUCAUCAAGAUUGACAUCGAGGCGAGUGUCGGACACAUCAAGGAGCGGUAUCAGCAUCAAGAUGGCCGACGAUGAAUCUUCUUCAGCGGAUGCUGCUGAUGGAAAGUUAUCAACCAAGCGGUGUCCACUCAUGUGAAUUAUUGGUGGGAUACCAAUAUUGGUUGGAUAUUAACUGGCGGGAUACCAUAGGCGGUUUGAUACUGACUGAUGGGAUACCAUUGAUUGUUAGAUAUUGACCUGUUGCAUACCAUUUAUGGUCGGAUACCAUUGAUUGUUAGAUAUUGACUGGUUGGAUACCAUUUUUGGUGGGAUACCAUUGAUUGUUAGAUAUUGACUGGUUUGAUACCAUUUAUGGUGGGAUUUGGACUGAUAGGAUACCACUAAUGUUUUGAUAUUGACUGGUUGGAUACCGUUGAUGGUUUGAUUUUGCCUUGUGGGAUACUUUUGAUAGUUUAAUAUUGACUGGUGGCAUAACAUUUAUAAGAAGAUUUUGACUGUUGGAUUAACUUUUUUGUCGGAAUUAGUCUUAUGGGGUACCAUUGACUUGUUUGAUACAAUUUGAUAUUGACAAGGUGGAUACCAUUGAUGGUUUUUACAGAUUAUUUACCAUUUAUGGUUUGAUGUCAUGUGUCUGUUGCUAUUGUUUGUUGUUUUGUUUUUCAUUGUAUAAUCAGUUUACUUAAACAUGUUAUAUUGUUGUUAAUAAGUUGUUAUUUUGCUUAUUAAAUAGCAGUUCACUAUUUCACUUACAAUCAGUUCAAUGUUUUUACUAAUAAGUUUCAGUAUUGACACUGAUACGUUAAUUCGUUAAAACUGAAAGGAAAAACAACAAAAGCAAAGUUGAAGUAAAUGCUACUGCAUUUAUACAAACAGUGA